AUGGGAUCUAAUUAUACCAAUCCUCUUGAGGGACUAAAUGUAUCUAGACUUCCCUUGUUCAAUGGAGACAAUUUUUCUUAUUGGAAAAUUAGAUUCUGGAACUUCACAUGUGCACAUAAUCUUGAAGUUUGGCAUGUUAUUGAAAAUGGACCUUAUUCCUUUGCUAAGAUUGUAGAUGGUGAAAGUGUGUCUAAGAAAACCUCUGAAUUAACUUCGACUGAAAAGGAGAAAAUUCAGUUUAAUUUUAAGGCUGUCACCUUUCUACAAUAUGCCUUUAUCGAUUCUGAAUUUAAUAAGAAAGCCAUGUGUGAAACGGCUAAAGAGAUUUGGGAUACACUUAUGGUUUCAUAUGAGGGAACCUCACAAGUAAAGGAAUCCAAGAUUGAUAAACUUGUGCAUGAAUAUGAAUUAUUUAAAAUGUUAGAAAAUGAGAGUAUUUCAAGCAUGUUUUUACGUUUUACUAACAUUACCAACAAGUUGAAGGGACUGGGUAAAACAUACACCAAGUCCGAGAAUGUAAGAAAAAUUCUCAGGUCACUUCCCCCCAAGUGGAGACCGAAAGUAACAGCCAUUAAGGAAGCAAAGGACCUCGAUAAUGUUAGCCUGGACGAACUGCUUGGAUCUCUUCUUACUCCCGAAGUUGAAUUGAAUGAUGAUGAAAGAUGGUCGAAAGUGAAAGAACCAAAGAAGAAGUCUAUAGCUCUCAAGACCACAAAUGUUUCUAAUGAAGAGAGCAAUGAAGAAGAGGAUGUCACUUUCUCAGAAAUAGAAAUGUCCCUUACCACAAAGAAAUUCCAAAAACUCUUCAAGAAGAAAGGUGGAAAAUACUUCAAUAAGGGACAACUAAGCAAAGAAGAAGUGGUGGACGAUUCUGAUGAAGAAGUAACAAAUCUAGCUCUUAUGGCAACAGAAGAAGACAUUGAGGUAUGCUUGAAGAGCAAAGGACAAGUAGAAUGGUAUAUCGACAGUGGAUGCUCCAAGCAUAUGACGGCAAAUACGAAGUUAUUCACAAAGUUGAGAAAGUAUGAUGGAGGAUGGGUGACUUUUGGAGAUAAUGGCAAAGGAAAGAUAAUUGGCACUAGAAACAUCAAUAUCGGAGUUAUGGAUACAAAUAUUGAAAGGAACUAG